AUGGGAGACAGCUUCCCGUCUGCCGACCACGAGGCCUCAAACUCGACUCCAGACCAACCUCCCGAGUCGCCUGCCACCCGCGUCUCUUCUCAAACACAUAAAGCAGUCCCAAACGAGGCGCCUUCCAAGCCGAGGAAACCGAAGCCCAUCACCGUGCACCAUGGGUACAGGUACUCAAACCGUUCUCGAAGGUUGCGCGCCGAUAAAAAGGUCGGGGAGGCAGAGGCGAAACGCAGGAAAGAGCUUGUCCGUGAGAGUGUAGAAGGAUUCAAGGAAGAUCUCAGGGAGCUCAACCGGCAGCGGGACAAGGAGCGGCGCGAACAAGAGGCACCAAGGGAAGCAGAAAAGCGGAGGCAGGAGGCAGAACAGCGGUGGAAGGAGGCAGACCAGCGAGCACAGGAGUCAGAGCGGCGGUGGCGGGAAGAAGAACAACAGUGGCAGGAGGCCAAACAGAGGCGGAAGGAGGCCGCGCAACAGCAACGCGCUUGGACAGAACGCUUUACCAACGCCCUGGAGGACUACGUUCUUUGGUCUCAAGAGAAGGACUCUCGGCGUUGGCGCGAUGCAUGGGCCCGGUACAGUGCGCAAGGCGCAUCGUUGCCUCAGCGAUUGGACUUCACUACCAUCGUUUGGCCUGUCCUCGACCCACCUACAUGCUCGCCGCCUCAGAUGUCUGAUGGGCCACCCAUCAUCAACGGCCUUACGCGCGAGAAGCUCAUGGAGUUUCUACUGUCUCCGGAGCAUUCAGUUGGUGUGAACUCCAGAGCGAGGAUACAAGCCGCGCUGUUGCGCUGGCAUCCUGACAAGAUGGCACGAGUACUGGAGAUCGUUGUGGAGAAGGAUAGGACCACGGUUGAGGAGGGCGUGAAGAUCGUCGCUGGGGAAUUGGCGACUAUGUUGAGGCAGGUUAGUGAGGCACGGAGAAUGUAG